UCGGCGCACGCCGCCCACCGCCGCCGGAACAAAAGGGGCGGCAGCGCUGCAUGGUGGCGGCCCCGCGCCCUGCCCCCCCGCCCCGCUCCGCGCCGCUCCGCGCCCCGCUCCGCUCCGCUCCGCGCCACCAUGUCGGGCAGCGGCGGCGCCGGCAGCCCCGGCAGCAGCGGGGUGAAGAAGCGGAGCCCGGCGGGCUCGGCCGCCUCGCUGGCGCAGGAGGAGGAGAAGCAGGCGAUGGAGAAGAUGCUGGAGGCGGCGGAUGGCGGGGCGCAGGAGAACGGCUGCGUCCGCUCGCCCUCGCCCUGCGCCUCCGCCGAGGCCGAGGGGGUGACCCUGCAGCGCUCCAUCACGCUGCUCAACGGCGUGGCCAUCAUCGUCGGCACCAUCAUCGGCUCCGGCAUCUUCGUCACCCCCACGGGCGUGCUGCGGGAGGCCGGCUCGCCCGGGCUGUCGCUGGUGGUGUGGGCCGUCUGCGGGGCCUUCUCCAUCGUGGGUGCCCUCUGCUACGCCGAGCUGGGCACCACCAUCACCAAGUCCGGCGGGGACUACGCCUACAUGCUGGAGGUGUACGGCUCCCUGCCCGCCUUCCUCAAGCUCUGGAUAGAGCUGCUCAUCAUCCGGCCCUCCUCGCAGUACAUCGUCGCUCUGGUCUUCGCCACCUACCUGCUCAAGCCCAUCUUCCCCGUCUGCCCGGUGCCCGACGAGGCUGCCAAGCUGGUGGCCUGUCUCUGCGUCCUGCUCCUCACAGCAGUGAACUGUUACAGCGUGAAAGCUGCUACUCGUGUUCAGGAUGCCUUUGCUGCGGCCAAGCUGCUGGCGCUGGCUCUGAUCAUCAUUCUUGGCUUCGUGCAGCUUGCAAAGGGUGACGUGACAAGCCUGACUCCUGAGCGCUCCUUCGAGGGCACAAAAGUAGGCGUGGGGAACAUCGUGUUAGCUUUGUACAGCGGUCUCUUUGCCUAUGGAGGAUGGAAUUACUUGAAUUUUGUUACAGAAGAGAUGAUAAAUCCCUACAGAAACCUGCCUCUGGCUAUCAUCAUCUCACUACCUGUAGUCACUUUGGUUUAUGUGCUGACAAACUUGGCUUACUUCACGACCCUGUCGACAGACCAGAUGCUGAUGUCCGAGGCCGUGGCUGUGGAUUUUGGGAACUAUCACCUUGGCGUCAUGUCCUGGAUCAUACCUGUCUUUGUUGGUUUGUCAUGCUUUGGAUCCGUUAAUGGAUCUCUCUUCACUUCUUCCCGGCUGUUCUUUGUGGGGUCCCGAGAAGGACACUUGCCUUCAAUCCUGUCUAUGAUUCACCCCAGACUUCUCACUCCUGUGCCAUCCCUCAUUUUUACGUGCAUCAUGACCCUGCUCUAUGCCUUCUCCAACAACAUUUUCUCAGUCAUCAACUUCUUCAGCUUCUUCAACUGGCUCUGCGUGGCUCUGGCCAUCAUCGGCAUGAUGUGGUUGCGUUACAAGAAGCCAGAGCUGGAGAGGCCCAUCAAGGUGAACAUCUGCCUGCCCAUUUUCUUCAUCCUGGCCUGCUUGUUUCUCAUUGCUGUUUCCUUCUGGAUGACGCCGAAGGAAUGUGCGAUUGGCUUUGCAAUCAUCUUCAGUGGGAUCCCUGUUUACUUCUUUGGGGUCUGGUGGCAAAACAAGCCCAAGUGGGUUCUCCAAGGCAUCUUCUCUGCAACAGUCCUGUGCCAGAAGCUGAUGGAAGUGGUUCCACAAGAAUCAUAAGCAGGAAAAGCAGAGACAUUCAGCUCGAGGAAACGCACAAUAUUAUUUUAAGACAACACAAGGAGAAAAUGCUUCUGAUCCCUCGUAAACGAAACCUAGGCACUGGAGCAGCCCGUUGGAGCUCUUCGUGUCUGACAGCACGCCCCCAGCUCUGCCUUGCCUCCUCCAGCCCCUCCAUCACCACCCUUUAGCCUGGCAGAUGAGCAGCCCUGAGAUGAGAAGUUCUUGGUACGAACGUGGGUCAGAAGGAGGAAUUCCUGCUGGCAGCUUCAAAGGGGUCCUGCCUGCCCGGCAGCAGCGAGUCCGAUCAGCAUCUCUGUGUGUGUGUGAUACCGAGAGCUGUACUUCAGUUCCAUGUAGGCUUACUGGGCUUGGGUCUGGGAUCCCUCAGAUGAUGGCAGAUCUGCUUGCAAGCCUGGUUUGAGUGUUUUCAGCCUUACAAACGUGCCUGGGGCUGGGACUGUCACAGAGCUGCAGGGUGGUUCUGAGCCUGGCCCUCCUGCCUUACCUAGUCAAGGGAGGGUGGUUGGGAAGCAAAGGUUGGCUGAAGAUGGCUCAUGUGCUCACACACACACAAACUCAUACCAAAAUACAUGCUGCUGGAUGCUUUGACUGUGUCCACUGGAGUGACUUAGGUGAGACAAGGCAGAGCAGUGUCAGUGUCAGACAAAUGAUGUGGGGAGGCCUCAUCUGACUUUCAUUGCGUUCCUGACUAGAGCACUCAGGGUCCCCUGCCACUGUCUGGCUUUAAACUCUCAGAUCCAAGCCAUCUCCCUGCUACUGAGCCGGUCCUCUGGGAUGCUUUUCACCAAACGUCCAUCCCAUGGCCCUGUGAAUUAGCACUGGGGCAGGUGCAGGCCUGAGGGUGGAGUUCCUCCUGAUAAACCCAGGAAAUUGCAAUUAUCAGAAGGCCAAGUCCUUGGCUUGCUCACUCCAUGUUUUUCCGCAGAUAAGCUAUCGUCCAGCAUGGGAUGAGCAACACCAUGCUCUCCGAAUGGCCCUGUUCAUUGCCUGCAGUGUGAUUCGUGUUUUCCCCUGAACCAUUUGCAAAGAGAAAAUAAGGGUGGGAUUCCCUUAGCUCAUUCCCUGGGGUCUGUCUGUGCAUUGCCUGUUGCCAUGCCCUCCGUUAUGCUGUGUCUCUUCUAGAACGUGCAGUGGAGAUGGGACCAGCUGGAUCUGGGGGCACAGAAAAGGGCAGAUGUCCCCAGAACGGCUGGAGCCUGGCUUUAAUCUUGGGCUGCUGUAGAUGGUCUGUUUGGCUCUAAGAAGUAGGGCCUGGGGGCCUCGGAACUGCAGCAUUUGGCUUGGUGAGAUGCCCCCACCAACACCCUCCCAUUCAGGGAGUGGUCUCUGAGCAUAAAACCCACAAUCCGCAUGUGAAAUCUUGUUUUGCUGUUGUGGGUGGUGCAGUCCCAUCCCCUGACCCCACCCCAAAUCUCUCUAGUUCCCGAGUAGCCAAAACUGUCCUCUUAGGAACACGUUGCUUCAUUUGGUCAAAAGCAUCACCUUUUCAGCAAAACUGCAGUUCUUGAACAAUUUGCUUAUUACGCCUCUGCGCUCAAGGUGAUAGUUGGAAAUCAAAAGCAUCUUUUUCCCCAUAAGGGAGCUGCUUCAGUCUCUGCUACAGAUCUUUGUGCUUGUGCUUUGUGCAAAUGGGUUGUUGAACUACUUUUUCUCCUCAUUAUUUUUGUAACCUAAGCCAUUUGGAAGCCGGGAUCCUCCAAAAGCUAAUGCUUUCUCCUUGUAGCAUAGAGUUAUUUUGGAUGAAGAGGCAUUAAGGACACCAAUGGUACUAGCUCAUGCUUUGUCCUUGUAAGAAGUUCCUUAGCAAAAAAAAAAGUGUGUGUUCUAGCAGGUGGCAGCUUCUGUUCAAGUGUGUGUGACAAUGACCGUGCCUAUGUCAGCGAGUAUCUAUGUGCAGCUUUUUGCUAUUGCUUCAUCAGCCACGCAUCUUUACUUUGAGGCAGUGCAGGAGGAACGGGCGAGACAAUCAUCACGCUGAAAAACUUUGCUGUCAGGUUGCUUAUUCAAUGGCAGCACCAUGUAGAGAUACCCAGGCCAGCUCAGGUGCCACUUCAUGUGUUUUAGUGUUGAGCUUUCCAGGAGCUAAGUUAACCUGUGGAGAGUUGCAGCUGGUUUGGGUGUACCUACAGUGCAGAAGAACCCAAAGUUUAUGGCCAGUGCCUGGCUGUUCAGGGACCUACGUGCAAUGAAUUGGAGCAUCUCCGAUCCAGUGCCUGCGGAGAGGCGUUUGCAUAAAUAAGGUCAUGAACCAUAAAACCUAAACUCAAUUUUUGGAAUCCUCGUCCAGCUGAAGGCUGAGAUGUUUUGGCAGGGUAGUGAUGGGAAAUUGCUGCUUAUGCUGGACCUGUGUCAUGGAGCGAGAACCUCAGUCUGUCACCUUCCACUUGGUCUGCAGCUUUUUUGGCUGUAGCGGUCUCAGAGCCAGCUUCCUGCAGGGCCUGGGUUCAGUGGAGGGACUCAGUGCUAGCAGAUACCAGCAGAAUUAUUUGUGAUGCAAAGGAAAGGGAUUUUAGCUCUCAUCCACCUCAGUCCAACAUAAAUUAGCACUCAAGUCCCAUCCACAGAGCGCUCAGAAAUGGGUCCAAAUCUCCCAGAGGCGUGGGGUUACUUGGUUUGGACACAUCUUUAAACGAGUUUCAUCAGUGAUGAAGACCAUCACUACAUUAUAUCCUCUUGGUGAACCUUUUCACACUGGUUUUGACAAGGAGAUGUCACACUGAGAAAUAUUUUUUUAUUAAUUAACCAAUCUUAAUUAAAUCCUUAACUCGCUUGCUGGCUCUUUAUGAAUAUUCAUGAUUUUUCACUUGCUGCUGAAGAUCUUUCUCUUGUACUAACCUGCUGGCUCUGGCAUUGAUACCAUAUGUUUCAUGGUGAUCUUGCCAGCAUCUCCCUGGCAAUAGAGCUACAGGAAGAAACUGAACCAGGUACCAGCACAGAAUGACAAAAAUGUUGAACAGCUCACAUCUCAAUGCUGACCUUUCAAAAACCUGACUUCUUUUAUCCCUGAUUCAUUGACCGCAAUAGUUCCCCAGCACCACUAGUGCUUGGUGAUACGGCUGUAAGAGGUUGGGUUGUUUUUUUCCUGGAGGCUAGGGAGAUAAAGAGUAAGGGGGUAAAACUGAAUUUCAUUUUAUAAAGAAAACACAAUAAAAUAAUUUCUCGAGUGGGUGAAACUGAUGCUAACAGCAUCUGCUGUCCAGUGUGACAGCUUGUAACACAGAUCAGCAGACAGGAGUGUCUCCUGCCCUCAGGGGCAUGCCGUGUUCAGCUGGAUUUUGGUAUGGCAAGAGAGACAGAAUACAUCCCCAUGAAGACUUCCUUGCUGCUUGAUUUCCUGAAAUGUGGAAUGACACAUGUCACAGAGGGUGAAAUGAGCAACAGAGACUUCACAGAAAAUUUCUUAUCUUUCCCAGCACUGGAUGUGGGAUUUUUUUCUGUUGUUUCUCUGCUUGUGCUCUUUUGAGCCUGUGAUCAGUCACAUCUGUUGCAAGCCAGCAAGGGAGAUAAACCCUUGCCGCAAAGGAUACAUAGAACCACAGUGACCAUGAGUUUAUUUUCCUAAACAGUAGCUACAGUUAAAGGAUGUUCCAUGUGAAUCUAUUUCAUAUGGCAAAGAUAGCUGGAGUGGUCAUGUCAGUGGAAUCAUGGAAUUGUUUAGAUUGGAAGAGACCUUUAAGAUCAUCAGGUCCAACUGUGGAGCCAAGGCUAUGUAUUUCUGCAAGCAAUGGCAGUGCUGCAGUAGCCCCUCGGUCCUUGUACUAAACCCCCCUUUCAAUUAUUGCUACUCUUAGCUUGUUUUUAAGUGUUCAGACUCCCAGGCAGUUGGUGGUUGGGGUGUGCACGGAAUAGCAUCCUGCAGGGGUUGCUCAACAGUAGGGCAGGGGUGUGCAGGAGCUGGGGGCCGGGCACUUCCUUACCCCUUGGGUUCCUCUUUCUGAACAAGAAACCUUCCUGACUGAGAGGGGAACCAGCCCCGCUCAGCCCUGCAAAAUCUCCUGGCCAAAAUUCGGGGGGAUUUAGGUCAUCUUGGGUAGAAUGUAUUAUUAUUUUUUUUUAAACUUCCUGCAGUAUUUGCAGUGUUUUCCAUCUCGGAUACCAUGUUCUGGUAAACACGCUUUUGUUUUUAAUGGCACCCUCUGUGGAUACUAAGUUCAAAGGGACUCUGUCACUGUUGAACAAACUUUAACGACCCUUCAACUGGAUUGAGGUUUGUAAUAAGUGGCUUUGUUGUCCUCCGAGCCCUCUCCCUGUGGGUGGCUCAGGCAGGACAAUAAAUUGGGCUCCUCCGCUGUGGGUCUGCCCAGGAGCGGAGCCCGUGAGGGGCAGUGGUUUUGCAGCAGAGGUCUUUGCCGUGGCUGCCACUUCCCAACAUGGGGAGGUGUUUGCAGUGACAGAGUCCUGGUCCAGCUGUGGGAAAUCACAGGGAAGGCUUCCACUCAGUCUGGAAAGGUACCCGUGCCUUCAGCCGAGACUGCAGUGUCCUUGGGCUUUAAUAAAAAAUAAAAAUAAAAAUAAAAAAAAGAAAAAAAGGAAAUGACCAAAUGUCAUUACACAACACUCUGGCUGUUUGGGGCUAUUCUUGUGGGAUGCCAGCUUUUUCAUCAACCCGUUGCACAACUCCAUUUCUAGUGACAUCAAAGGGGAAGGCAACGUUGGCUAUUGAGAAAGGGCUGGAACAAAGCUUCCUACUGGAGCUUGGGAAAGGGCAGCCCAGGGGUGGGAUGGCUCUGGUUCCCCUGCAGGGCUCAUGCUGAGGUCUGCUGGCCAGUGUCGCAACCUCGGCAGAGCCCUGUGUACUGAAUCACAGCUUUGUGCUGGCCCUGGGAGCUUGGCGAGCAUCUCCAGCUGUGGGCCGGGCCAGCACGGCUGGAGCCGGCGGUGCCUGGCUGCUGACCAGGGAGCACAGCAGCCGACUUCCUGCGGCGAUGGGAAUCUGCUCCCGUGCCUCCGCUGGGGACCUUGCCCAGGCUGGGGCAUCCCUUGAGACCUUGGCACCGAGGGAUGCUCAAAGGGCUCUCCAUUUCUGGUAGCUUCUUGAGGAGUUACAGCCCGCCAGCCUUAUGCUGGUUUUGCCCGUACUUGACAAGUUUCUUCCCAGUUUACAUGGUCCAAACUGGAACUAGUAGGUGGGGUGUGGGGGGGGGUGCGUGUGUGCGUGGGAUGCUCUGGGCUUGGUGGAACGAAGAGCUCCCCGUUUGGUGCAGAUGCUCUCACCCACAAGAUGUAGUAGCAGGAAAUGUGGCUCGGGUUAGGUCCCCCCUAAGGAACCAAUGUCCAGAGGAUUAUUUCUUUGCUUUUAGCCCCCUGUUCCUUGCGUGAGAAGGGGUGUUGCUUCCUCCAGCUGUUGAAGUGUUAAUGAGAAAAAAAAAUUAUUUUUUUAAAUAUUGAAUUAAUUUUUAAAUGGCCUAAAAGAGACUUUAUAUCUACAUCUAAAUUGUUCCCGUUGGGUGAUGUUCAUCUCUGCGCAGGGGCUCUGUAAGCACUCGGAUGCUCUCCUGCAUCCCAGCCAGCGGGACGUGGCACUGCAGGGCCUGGCUGCAUCUCCUGCGCUGGGAUGAAUAUCACAUGUAGGGAAAAAGUCCUUAUCUGUUCAGAGGACAGGGUGAGGUCUGUGUCCCACCUAAAUCCAUGCAAAAGGAGAAUUUCAAGUGGUACCCAGACCUUGCACUGGCCCGCAGAACAUAAAGAGGGUGAAAUUCACUUGUAGUGAAUAAUCUGACGCGUCAGAGAUACCGUUCUUCUAAAGUUUGUAUUUUUGUUGGUUUUUUAAAAACACAGAAAAAAAAAGAUCUUAACAUACAGAAGAAAAUCUAGAUCUGAUUUACAAUUUUGUUAUAUUUGAUUGCUUUAAAAAUAUUUUACUAAUUUAAAUGUUGCUGUAGAUGACUAUUUAUUUUAAGGGGUAAAUAUCUUUUAGUCUUAAUACUUCUACAGUAAGCGCUGUCUAUUUACAACGUUUGUGUUCCUGUCAACACAGCUAUUCCACGACUGACUGAGUGCUGGUCAGCCAGUAGUAACUUAAUCAAAUUGCCUUGUAAAACAAGAUGUCUCCUGCAAUGGAUUUUUUCUAGUAUUUCUUGAUUCUUUUAUGUCUGUGUUUAACAAAUCUGUUAAAUGUUUGGGUUGUUCUAUGUUUUGGGUCAUUGUUUUGUUUUUUUUUUUUAACAAAGAAAGCUGAAUUACAA